AUUGAUGAUCGAUAGAUGCGAUCUGAUUUUCCCUCUCUGCAGCCUGCUAUUUAUGUCACCAGUCUAGCUGCAGUUGAGGUGCUUCGAGAACGUGAUGGAGGUCAGCAGAUAAUUGAUUCUGUUGAUGUUACAUGUGGUCUCAGCUUGGGAGAGUAUACUGCUCUAGCAUUUGCUGGAGCUUUCAGCUUUGAGGAUGGACUCAAGCUGGUCAAACUGAGGGGUGAAGCCAUGCAGGAAGCAGCUGAUACUGCAAAAAGUGCGAUGGUCAGUGUCAUUGGACUGGACUCUGACAAAGUGCAACAGUUGUGUGAUGCUGCCAAUCAAGAUGUCGAUGAAGCUAAUAAAGUUCAGAUUGCAAAUUACCUAUGUCCUGGGAAUUAUGCUGUAUCUGGUGGUGUGAAGGGAGUGGAAGCAGUAGAAGCUAAGGCAAAGUCUUUCAAAGCUCGAAUGACGGUGCGGCUAGCUGUUGCUGGUGCUUUCCAUACAAGUUUCAUGGAACCAGCUGUCUCAAGAUUGGAAGCUGCAUUGGCAGCAACAGACAUUAAACCUCCAAGAAUACCGGUUAUAUCCAAUGUUGAUGCUCAGCCACAUGCAGAUCCUGCCACAAUCAAGAAGAUAUUAGCACGCCAGGUGACUUCUCCUGUUCAAUGGGAAACAACCGUGAAUACACUUCUAACCAAAGGGCUGAAGAAGGGUUACGAAUUAGGACCUGGAAAGGUCAUUGCUGGCAUUGUCAAGAGAAUGGACAAGGGCGCUAACAUUGAGAAUAUUGGUGCUUGAAGGGGUAGCCUGAAGUGCCUGAGGCACGAAAUCGAGAAUAUCGGUUCUUGAAUGCAGCUAUAGAAAUUGGUGCAUAGGAUGGUUCAAUUAUUGAAUACAGGAAACAACGACAUUUGCAGAUUUUUUUUCUCUUAUGAAAACCAGCAGUGAACCAGUGUGAGAUUUGUCUGACCAUAUUCUGUAACUUCAAUUUUGAAUCAAGAGGAAUUGAGAUUGAAAUAAUAUUAGUUGUAUCCGGACA